UUAGGCUGCGUGAACUUUUAUCAGCAGAGCGCGCGAGGCGCAGCGCACACACGGAGCCCACUCGUCCUAACGCACCAGGUGUCAGACAGGGACAUGCAGUGGUGACCCACGCGGGGCUUCGACGCAGAGAAACCAAGAGACAACAGGGGAGCGAGCACACGCGCGUUUUCUUCUUCUCGCCUCCAUCGCGAUGACGGCGAAAACUUUGGAGAAGGUGCCGGUGAACCUCGGGGGCUUCGUGCAUCCCGUGGCCGAGAGCGUGUACUCCAUGGAGGACAUCGCCGCCAGCCUGCCGACCUCCGUGGCCAUCUUCCCCAACAGCGACCUGGGAGCGCACUACGACCAGAUUAACGCAGACGGCUUGAUGAGCGCAGACAUGGGCGCGGAGAAGCGCUCCCUGGACCUCUCCUCCUACUCCAGCGGCUUCGCUCAGCCCGCGUCCCACCGCAACCAAACCUUCACCUACAUGGGGAAGUUCUCCAUCGACUCUCCGUAUCCAGGUAACUGGAACCCCGAGGGAGUGAUCAACAUCGUCUCGGGCAUCUUCAACAUGGCGCAGCCGCCGCCUCCUCCUCCUCCCUCAUCCUCCGCGUCCUCCUCCCCGACUUCUUCAGGAUCUCCCAAUCACUUCUCCAGCGGAAAUUUGAGUUGCACCAUGGCGGCUCAGAACCAGGCUGAGAUCGAGCACCACCACCACCUCUACUCCCCACCGCCUCCUUAUUCCACGUCUGGCUGCGGUGAGGUGUACCAGGACCCCUCGGCGUUUUUGUCCACUUCCACCUGCCCCAUCGCCUCGUACCCGCCGCCCUCCUACUCUUCGCCCAAGCAGCCCGGGGGCUCAGACGGGCCGGGGCUCUUUCCCAUCAUCCCCGACUACCCGGGUUUCUUCCAACCCGCUUGCCAGCGGGACAUGCACACUGCCGGUAUCCAAGAUCGGAAGCCGUUCGGCCCAUGUCCGCUAGACAGCUUCCGAGUGCCUCCACCCUUGACCCCGCUGAACACUAUCAGGAACUUUACAUUGGGGGGUCCGGGCGGAGUUGGAUCCGAGGGUGGACCCCCGAGGCUCACCUCCGCUUACAGCCCACAGAACCUGCCCCUGAGGCCGAUCCUGCGGCCCAGAAAGUACCCGAACAGACCCAGCAAAACGCCCAUCCACGAGCGGCCGUACCCGUGCCCCGCCGAGGGCUGCGACCGGCGGUUCUCCCGCUCCGACGAACUGACCAGACACAUCCGCAUCCACACCGGACACAAGCCCUUCCAGUGCCGCAUCUGCAUGCGCAACUUCAGCCGCAGCGACCACCUCACCACCCACAUCCGCACUCACACGGGGGAGAAGCCGUUCGCCUGCGACUUCUGCGGUCGCAAGUUCGCCCGAAGCGACGAGAGGAAGAGACACACUAAGAUCCACCUGAGGCAGAAGGAGAGGAAGUCGUCCACUGUCUCCUCGUCGUCAUCCUCCGCCUCCAGCAACUCCGGGCUGGAGCGGUCGUCAGGCGCGAUCACGGCAGCCAACGGGAUUUGCUCUUAGCAACUUUGUUGUCACCAUGGCAGCGUGACGAACACUAACCCUUAAAAGAAAAGAAGCAUCCGAUAAUAAUUCGGACACUGUUCUGAACAAAGGAUAACAGCUUAAAUAGCACCCGGAUGAAAAAAAUACAAUAAAAGACUUGUACCUUUGUGCAGCCGUGCGUAAUUACGCACAUCCAACCAUUGCUAGAACUGACAGAGAGACUGACACGAAUGCACUUUGCCUGCACAGUCUACUGAACCGAAAACACAGCCAUUUAUUGCUAAAAAAAUAAUAACCACUGGAGGUUGUAAUGAAGAAAAUUGUUUAAUAAUGUGGCCAACACUUACGGAGCGCGAGAGGCUGCUCGUUUAAACGGGAAAUAACUGCAAUAAUAAUAAUUUUGAAUGAAGUAAACCGUGUUAAAUUAUUAAAUUGACAAAGUGUUCAGUCUAACAUUUUUGUUGAUGGUCCUCCUCCUCCUCCCGUGCCUUGCUCGGUGGCUUUUUGUACACUGCCUGAUUCAAGGACACGUCUAAUGCAAUGUAUAUUUGUCCUUUAAUAUGUAAAGAUGGGAGACUUUCUAUUUUUGUACGCAUUUUGUCUCGUGUAACUCCAAGUGUUAAUCAACUGUGGUUUAAAAACAUGUUGCGGUGUAAAUAUGUUAGACUCAUACAACUUGACCUUGUUUUUGUUGUGAUGUGUGUUUUGAGGUUUAUUAAAUCUGUGGCUAUGAUAAA